AUGGAUCCAAUCCCUAUUGCCUGGACAGGUCAUUCGCCGACGAAUCCAACUCCACCGCCAACCCCCGAGUCCUCAGCGGCAUUGAGAGCAUUCGCACGACGAGAAAGCAUCGGCGCGGCUGCAGAUGGCUCACCCCCUGCUGCCAACAUUACGCCGCCCGAGAUUAUGCUCCAGAUCUACUCUAUGCUGACCCCGAGAGACUUUGAUAAUGCACGCCGGGCGUGCUCACAAUGGAUGAGAGUCAGCUUGAAUCGGGAUCUACUAGAGGGUAUGUUGAAGCGAGCAGGAUGGUGGGAUGCAUAUCAGCAAGACUGCGAAAAGCAGCGGAUCCGACACCGGCCGUCUAACGAAGAGAGUGACGUAUGGAGGAUGAGCAAGCGCUUUGCAACCGAAUGCUUAUUGUCAGGUCGGAAAGCGAACGUCGAGAGGCCGGGCUUCCUUGCCACUGAAGUCGUUGAUUUCUCCGGCCUUGCGCCGCGCCUGUCUUCGAAAGCUCGUGUAGCUCGACCUGUUCGAGGCAAGCGCUCGCAUUCCAUUUCAACCUUCAGUGUCAGCAGCUGCAGCAACUACCUUCUCGUGACCACCGGUUGUAUGAUCUAUGUCUUUCGUCUUCUUGACAAAAAAACAGCGAAAUUCGCAUUAGAGAAUGCUGAUCUGAAACCAAUAUCGAGCAUCGAAUGUCCCUUCGAAGUACUAUCUGCUACUCUAGACACCUCUACACCUCGAUUCGUUCUUGCGGCCUUACUUCAGAAUCGUGUCGGGAUGGUUUGUGAUCUGGAUCUACCCACUGAUGACUUGGUUCAUGGUGACGGUCCGGUGAGCAAUACGCAGUUCGCUUCAUCCUCAAGAUCGACUCGAUCAAAGACGUCGAAUAAGAAAUUCUCCUCCCCGCAAUACUACUAUAAUGUUUGCUCCGAAGACCAUCCGCCACGAACAAUCGCCCUCUGCCCCGGACGCCGGUGCGUUGCCUUUGGCUGUGCAGGCGGCAUCGAGAUCCAUUGGGUCGACGAGACAACCAACCAAACCAAGCGAAGACAUUUUCCAAUGUCACAACCCUCCGAAAUUCUCCAUUUCCUGCCUCACACCCCUGAGGCCCCGAAGGACCUCCGACUCAUCUCAUCCUUGGUCGGACCUGGUGUCCACGAGUGUGCAUGUCGCCAAUCUCCCUACCCCGACCACCCUAAAACGUGCCAGUUCCAUCUACUGGCAGACGUCGAGUCUUUCGGCCGCCGUGGUGCAUCGAACUCCUCAAAUCUCAGUUUCGUCAGAGCCACUCACUGCCAUCAUUACCGUGCCGUUCCCAUCAACGACGGCUUCCAUAUCGUCUUCAUCGAACCUCGCACCGGCCUCCUCUGUAUUGGAUCAGAUGCACCCGUCGGUGGUCCCACCAGUCUCACGCGAGCCUUCGUCUGUGUGCCGCCAUUUGGCAAAGAUGGGCCGAAUAGCACUAAAGAGGCCCGUGUCCCUACGACAUUUACCGUGGGCUCGGAUCUGAGAUGGGGUCUCCGAGUCGUGGCUGCAUACCAAGACCGCAUCAUCAUGUACUCCGUGCCUCUGGAUGUAUAUAACGUCAUUCGCAAGGAGCGCGAACGACAAAGCGACGGCGUGAUGGGUGAUAGCGACCCUAUGCGCGACUGGUUCGUCGACUCGGAGCGCUUCCGCAAGCGGCCAGAGAAUCUUGUCCAGAAUCAGAACGGUGACUGGGAGUUCCUUUUGAGUGUCAGCUAUCGUCCAACCGCGAUGAUGUGGCCUUUUAAGAUCUAUGGGAAGGAGAUCGGUCGUGUCGAUAACCUGGUCGAGCUUGCUCUUCAGUCAUCCAAUGGAGGUGCUCGCGUUUGGGCUUUUAAUGCUUCGGGUGAAGCGACCAUCUUCGACGUUGACACAUUUACCUCUAGAACAAGCAAUGCCGCCGAUAUUCCUUACAAAAUGGUCACCGUCGGCUCGGAUGGUAAUUUGCAAUCAACGCAGUCGAUCGAUCGAGCCGAACUUGGUACUUCACCGUUGCAGGACCGUCGGAAGCGCAAGUCCUCGGCGUUGCGUGAUGAUUUCGUCGGUCGAUAUGGGAUAAGUCGCUAUGUGCCCAGCGCGGCAUUCGAUGGCUUUGAGCCAGCGAAUGGUGUCCCUACUGAGACGCAAAAUGAUGACCCAAUCCACCGCUCUUCGUUUGCUGCUUGUAUAGUGGACUUUAAGAUCCCCGAUCUAGGAUCGCGAGAGGGCUCAUGGAGUGAAAGUAGUCGAGCAUAG